CUCUGCAAACCCAGAUCUGGGUUCUCUCUCAAACCCAGAUCUAGGUUUCCUCCCCCCAUUCAACCUUAUGAAACAUAUUACCUGCUCAUCCUAAACGUCAGAAAAAAAAAUUCUUCUUUUUCCCUGCUCAUCCUUCUUCUUUUCUUAUUCUUUCUCUCUUUUCUCUCCUCUUCUUCCUCUCUAGAUCUGGGUUUGAGAAAAACCCAGAUCUAGAAUGCGCCUCAUCUCCCAAACCCACCCUCACUCUCCAGCCUCUUCAGUGAAUUCAGCUAAACAACUCAAUACCCCUCUGUUUUGUUCUGUUCUGUUCAGUCGAACUUCUAUUUCGACGAGAAGUGGAAGCUGUCGAAGAAGGAAAUUCGCCGCUCAUGAAGAAUACGUCGCAGUAGCGGUAUUCUUUCACCAGAAAAUGCACGCGAUUGGACCAGAAAAUGCAGCGGUAUUCUUGAAUCAAGAAAAGAGGAAUCAAAAAGUUAGAUCUAAGAGAGUAAAAAGCCUUUCUCCUCUCUCUCUCUCUUUCGAGAAUCAAUGGGUCCGACAGGCGUGCGGUGGUUUAGCAAGCUUGAGAAAACCCAAAUCUGGGUUUGAAACCCAGAUCUGGAGAGGAAGAAGGGAGAAGAGAGAGAGAGAGAAAGAACAAGAAGAAAACAGAAAGAUGAUCUGAGUUUGAUUUUAAUUUUGCAGGAGUAGUAGUAG